AUGAGGCCUAAUCGUCUUCUGAGACAUUUGUCAACCAAACAUGCCUCUUUAAAGGACAAACCUAAAGAGUUUUUCGCUGCAAAAUCUAAGAAUUUAAAGCGCAUGAAGUUAGAUAGCACUGGAUCUGCUGCUCAGUCAUCUCUAAAAGUGCUUGAAGCUUCAUAUGAAUUAUCUCUUAUUAUUGCUAAGGAAAAGAAAAGUCACACUAUUGACAACACCGUAAAACGCCGCAUUGAUGAUAUGGCCAAGAACAUUAAAAACCAGGUGGUUGAUGCAAUAAAAAAAUCACCGUUUUUUGCUAUCCAGCUUGACGAGAGUACAGACAUAGCACAAUGCUCUCUUUUGCUUGUAUAUGUUCGUUACAUUGAAAAUGAAAGAAUGAAGGAUGAACUGAUGUUUUCUACUGAGCCGUUGACCACUACUAAAGCUGUAGAUGUGAUGGAAGCAGUAUCAGACUUUUUUAAGAAACACGAACUUUCUUGGCAAAAACUUAUUGGUGUAUGCACAGAUGGUGCUCCUUCAAUGCUGGGUUCUCGUUCAGGCUUUGUGCAGUUGGUCAAAGAGAAGAAUGCUGAUGUGGUUGGGAUUCAUUGUUUUAUUCACCGCCAAGCCUUGGCAGCAAAAACUCUUCCUAACGAACUCAAUGCUGUUUUAAAGCUUUGUAUUAAAGUAGUCAACUACGUUAAGAACAGUGCAUUAAAUACUCGCCUGUUUAAAAUUCUGUGUGAAGAUUUAGGAAGUGAUCACAAAACGCUGCUAUUUCAUACAGAAGUACGAUGGCUAUCAAAAGGCAAUAUGUUGGGAAGACUAUUUGAACUCCGUGAUGAAGUGAUAACGUUUUUGGCACAGCAGAAACAAAACGAGCUUAGUGCAGAGUUCAAAAAAAAAAAACCCUGGAACCAAGUGAUUUUGGCUUAUUUUAUCAGACUUUUUUGA